AUGAUGUCUCAUAUGCAUUCAUCUUCAACAACUACAUAUAUUCAAGAACCAAAUACAAAGAAUGAUCAAAAUGGAAAUGCAAGUACAAUUGUAAGAAUUUUAAAAUUAUCUCCCCAAAAAAUGGUUCGAUGGGAUGAAAAUACAAUUGAUAACGAAAAUGCAAAGAAAAAAUCAUCAAAAAUAUGUUGUAUAUAUCAUAAACCAAGAGAAUUUGGUGAAAGCUCAGAUUCAAACUCAGACUCAGAUUCAUCCGAUAUUGAACAUAACUGUAAUUCUUGUUCAAAAAAAGAUAACCACAAGAAUGAAACGAAGGAAGAAAAAGAAUUAAAAAGCUAA